AUGUAUGACUAUCAAGUGGUCCUGGCUCUGGAGAUGAUUGUGCUCAUCGCGGGGGAGACCGGUAUUGCUAUGGUUCACGGAUGGACUGAGGGCAUCGGAUACUCCAUGAAGGGAUAUUACACUCCACUGUAAGACAAACUAGCAGUCAUUUAAAUUUACCGUGUAUUAGAUGGACUUGUGCCGUUUUAAUGGUCCUUCUUUUCCUCCUGAUCAUCUCAUUGUUCUUCGUUUUCAUCGGAUUACAUUUUAAUUACCCUGGGAUCAUUCAACACCAUUCCUUUGCCCUGGUGAGUGAUUUCUAAUAAACAAACCAUCCAUCCUUUUCCAGGCCUUCAGUUUCCCCGUCGCUUUGUGUGUUGUGAUUGCCGGAAUAGCAACUGGAGGUCCAUUUUUAGUUGCAUUCCUCGUUGUUCUCUAUUUUGGGGCCCUUCUUCCGUUUGCGUAUAUCUACGCAUCGCAUGAAUGGACCACAACGGACAUAAAAGACCUGGAAGGACAGGCCUAG